AGAAAGAUGGGUAGGAGCAAGCCAAUGUAAUGCUUUGUAGUUUCGCAGUAAAACCUUGAAAUCAGCCCUAGCCUUAACAGGAAGCCAGUGUAGAGAGGCUGGCACUGGAGUGAUAUGAUCAUAUUUUGUCAAGACAAGAUUCUAGCAGCCGUGUUUAGUACUAACUGAAGUUUUAUUUUGUUCUUUAUCUGGGUAGCCGGAAGGUAGAGCAUUGCCGUAGUCAAACCUAGAAGUGACAAAAGCAUGGCUGAAUUGUUUUGCAUUAUUUUUGGACAAAGUUUCUGAUUUUUGCAAUGUUACGUAGAUGGGAAAAAAGCUGUCCUUGAAACAGUCUUGAUAUGUUUGUCAAAAGCGAGAUCAGGGUCCAGAGUAACGCAAAGAUCCUUCAGUUUUAUUUCAGACGACUGUACAACCAUCAAGAUUAAUUGUCAGAUUCAAAAGAAGAUCUCUUUGUUUCUUGGGACCUAGAACUGGCAUCUCUGUUUUGUCUGAGUUUAAAAGUAGAACAUUUGCUGCCAUUCACUUCCUUUGUCUGAAACACAGGCUUCCAGGAAGGUCAAUUUUGGGGCUUCAGCAUGUUUCAUCGAAAUGUACAGCUGUGUGUCGUCCGCAUAGCAUUGAAAGUUAACAUGUUUCCAAAUGACACCACCAAGAGUUAAAAUAUAUAGUGGUCCUAAAACGGAGCCUUGAGGAACACUGAAAUUUACAGAGACAAACUGAUAUCUUUCUGACAGAUAAGAUCUAAACCAGACCAGAACAUGUCCGUGCAGGCCAAUUUGUGUUUCCAAUCUCUCCAAAAGAAUGUAGUGAUUGAUAUUAUCAAAAGUAGCACUAAGGUCUAGGAGCAGAUGCAGAGCCUAGGUCUGACGCCAUUUAAAAGGUAAUUUACCACCUUCACAAGUGCAGUCUCCCUUUGCGGGAUGCGCGGGGGAUAUGGUCACGAGUGUAACCAGGAGGAGAGGCCUCAUUUAACACAGUAAAUUCAUCAGGCUCAAGCCAUGUUUCAGUCAGGCCAGUCACAUCAAGAUUAUGAUCUGUGAUUAGUUCAUUGACUAUAACGGCCUUGGAGGUGAGGGAUCUAACAUUUAAGUAGCCCUAUUUUGAGAUGUGAAAUAUCACAAUCUCUUUCAAUAAUGACAGGAAUGGAGGAGGUCUUUAUUCCAGUGAGAUUGUUAAGGCAAACACCGCCAUGUUUAGUUUUGACCAACCUAGACCGAGGCACAGACAUGGUCUCAAUGGGGAUACCUGAGCUGACUACACUGACUGUGCUAGUUAGUGGCAGACUCCACUAAGCUGCCAUUCCCUUCGACAUUUGGAAAUUAUUGCCCAGGGAUAGAUAGCUUUAAAAAAAGAAAUCAAGUGUUCAGAUGUGAUUAGCACAUUUCAUAUUUUCACUCUUAAUAUAUUGAGAACAAAAGUGUUGGGUGGAGUAGAUUAAGUUACCAAUAAUUUUGAUACCAGGACCAAUACAACUGCUGCACACCAUGUUAAUAAUGUGUCAUAACUCAAUAUACUGUGGAUAACGGUGGCUUAUGUCUUAAGUGUUCAGACAGUCUUCCAACCAGCUAUGCUAAAUGCUCCAGUAAUGUAGGGUGAAACUAACUCUCUCUAUUGGUGCAAAAAAAGCCAUAAAACAACAAAAUUGUGGACCAGGUUUAAAAGCGCUGUAACACUAACCAUUGUGUUCAAACAGAGGCAUUAGACAUUUACAAUGUACAGACUGGAUUGUUUUGAAUCGACAUGCUUUGCUUCAAAUGUACAAAGUUAAUUGCUCAUUACUAAAUAUUAAAUACAAAAACAUAUUCACGCUGAUCGUUGUAAAAAUGAAUUAUUCCACUCUAAAUGUAUGAGGAGACUUUGUAACAAUAGCACAAACUGUGAUAAUGAAGGACUCAGAGAUUUAAUAGAUUUUUUUCCCCCAACCUUUCUGUCAUUAUCCCUUAGAAUUAUAUUGAUACUGGCUGGCCUGGAAUAUUGAUGGAUUAUUAUGAUAAAAGUAACAAAAUAUCCCAUGAAUAAACUGGUGUGUAUAUAUUAAUAAGAAAACGCUCAUAAUGUGCAAGACAUGAUGGCACGCUCACAGAGGUUUUCUGCAAGAUGUCUAUCGGAUGGUGGUGAGAGAUCUGAUUAGUUGAGGAGAAUUAGGGGCCGUACCAGAAUGUGGUCCCAUCAUUUAUAAGCAUCUUGAAAAUGUAUAUCAUAUCUCUGCAGUUUAUGGUGUGAGAAGUUGCAACCAACUACGAAAUCGGCCGGCCAUGGAGGUCAAUGGGUGCGAUGAACAUCAGAAUUAUGAAAUACUUGCAGAGAUAGGCGAAGGCGCAUAUGGCAAGGUGUACAAGGCCAGAGCGGUCCGCGAUCAACAGCGACUCGUAGCGGUGAAGAAGUUGAACAUACCCGGACACACGGAGAGUGGGAUUCCUGCUUUCAUGAUCCGAGAGGUGGCGCUCUUGCGUAAGAUCGGGUAUUUCAACCAUCCCAACAUUGUAAAGUUGUUGGACGUAUCUGCUGGUCUGAAGAACAGGAGUUUGGACCUGACGCUGGUGUUUGAGUACAUCGACCAAGACCUGUCUACCUUCCUCACCACGGUCCCCAGCACUGGACUGAGUCUUGACAAAAUUAAGGAUGUGAUGGUGCAGCUGCUGCAUGGGCUGGACUUCCUGCACACCAACAUGCUGGUGCACCGCGACCUGAAGCCGGAGAAUGUACUGGUUAGUAGCCGUGGAGAGGUGAAGAUCGCUGACUUUGGGCUGGCACGCAUCUACACCUAUCACAUCGCCCUUACACCCUGUGUGGUGACACUGUGGUACAGGGCCCCCGAGGUGCUGCUCCACUCUGGUUACAUGUCCUCCGUGGACAUGUGGAGCGCUGGCUGCAUUUUUGCCGAACUCUUCCUUUUGAGACCGUUGUUCCGUGGAUACACUGAGGCUCAGCAGCUCCAGAAAAUCUUUGAGGUGAUUGGCUUGCCCAGCGAGGAGGACUGGCCCAGGGAGAGCCCCAUCUCAUACUCCCGUAGCUGGUGCCCCAGAGACCCCUGCACCCAGCUCUUAUCCAACCUGGGCCAGGAGGAGAACAACCUACUCCUUCAAUGUCUAGAGUUCAGCCCGACCAAUCGCAUCUCAGCUUCCAGAGCCCUCUCCCACCCUUUCCUGGUGUGCGCCUGAGGACUCAUAACCUGGCAGGAUGUGGAGAGGAUGGAGGAGAGCUGGGACAGAGGUUAAUUUCCCUUGGAAUCCUUUUACCUAGCCUAUAGAACACUGAGGGUUCUCGUGCCGUAAGAUCCAAUGUACCUAUAUCGAAAUGUAGAAUUUUUUUGGAAUGGAAAUAAAAGUUAUUUUUUUUUAGAGGGUAAAUCUGCAGGUUAAGCAAUAAAGUGGGCACCAUGCCACCGUUUUGGUAAAAGGUUGAGAGAUGGGGGGGGGGGGAUUGAACUAAUCUCAAAUUCAUAGACAGCUGAGGGUGCAAAGACUGACCAUCCAUGAUAUCAAAAUUAUAGAUGUAACUGUUUAAAGCUAUACAGUGUUUGUUUAUAAUUACAUUAUGUACAAACAAUGACGUUAAACAGGCUUAUUUGUUGGACUCCGAUGGGGUGCGACAGUUGAACUAAGCUAAUUAGGUAUUUAUAAGUUCUAUUCUUUAACAAUCAAUGGGUAUAGAUCAUCAAUUUAAAAGUCAUUUAUGUAGUGUCGGCUCUUUAAAGGUAAUUUGUUCAACAUGAAUAUCCAAAUCUUGACUGGUUUUAUCUGAAAUGCAUUUCUGAAGACUCGUUUCAUAUUAUGAAAAAACACAUUCAUAUCAAGCGAUGUGGAAACUGCAGUUCUAAUGGCAUAUGAACCCAAAGUGGAAGGAAAAGGAAAGUUGACAGUAAUUUCAAUUACAAUAAAUAUUUUGCUUUACUACAACAUAUAGCUAGAAUCCUUAAUUGCUAAAUCCAUUUUUUUUUUCUUUUACUUAUAAAUGAGUAAUACAUACCCAUUCAUUCUUGAAGAAUAUAACUUCUAAAUGCCUCAUGAGCUUAGUUCAACUGUUGUACCCCAUCAGAAACCAAAAUAUAAGCUUGUUUUAUUCCAAUGUUUGUGAACAAUGUAAAUGUCAACAAACACUGUAUAACCUCAAACCAUGUUUAAACCGAUAAUUUUCAUAUUAUAGAUGGUCAGUCCUUGCAUCCAGAGCUCUGUCUUAGAAUUUGAGAGUGGUUACAUUUCCCCAGGCCCAUUCCUCAGCUUUUAACCAAAUCAGAGGCGGGGUGGCCAACUUUGUUAUUGUUUCAACAAAACAAAACAAAACACAUUGUUGCUUGAUUUGUUUUCCGCUCUGUAUUUGACACCAGGAAGUAAGAAUGCAGUAACAAGAGCUGCUAGAACAUUUUGCAGGAGAACAAAAUGUUAAUAAUUCAGAAUGUGUAUGCUUUACUUUAUUACUGGGGCAUAUUGUUGUUACAAGUGAUAUUAUUCAUCUGAAGUUGCUGCAAGUGGGUGACACUGUUGUAUGAGCAUAUAAGUGAAUGCAUAAUUUAUUAUUGUUGUUCCAACUGUACCUUUUGGUUCUUAAUGGUUUUUUCUAUUUCAUAUAUAUAUAUAUAUAUAUAUUCUCUGUUUAGAAACUUGGAAAGGUCAUACCUGUGCAUCUGUUUUAUUGGCCAUAACAUACACUUUUUUUCAGUUUUGAGGUGCAAUUUUAAUGUUCGAGGCAUUUUUUUCAGGACAGAACAUUCUGUGAUCUUGUUUUAUUUGAUCAAAUGUAAAUUAAUUAGAUUAUUAGUACUUUCGACAGUGUUACUGUCUUCAUUUCAUUCAUUCAAUUGAGCGGUACCUGUUAUUGGACUUGGUUUGAUUUCACCCACAUCUUACAAGUAUUUUAAUGAAAAUGUUUUCACAAUAUGUUA